AGCCUCAUCCCUCCAGGUCCAGACAAAAACAGGCCAUGGGCAAUCAAAGCUCCCCAGAGGGCUUCCUCCUUCUGGGCUUCUCUGAACAUCCAGGGAUGGAAAAGAUUCUCUUCCUGGUUGUCUUAACUGCCUACCUCCUGACCCUGCUGGGCAACACACUCAUCAUCCUGCUGUCUGUGCUAGACCCCAAGCUCCACUCUCCAAUGUACUUUUUCCUCUCCAACCUCUCCUUCUUGGACCUCUGCUUCACCACAAGUUGUGUCCCCCAGAUGCUGGUCAACCUCUGGGGCCCAAAGACCAUCAGCUUCCUGGGCUGCUCUGUGCAGCUCUUCAUCUUCCUGUCCCUGGGGACCACUGAGUGCAUCCUCCUUUCAGUGAUGGCCUUUGACCGCUAUGUGGCUGUCUGCCAACCCCUGCACUAUGCCACCAUCAUCCAUCCCCGCCUGUGCUGGCAGCUGGCAUCUGUCUCCUGGGCUAUUGGGCUGGUGGAGUCAGUAGUUCAGACACCAUCCACCCUCCGCCUGCCCUUCUGCCCCCACCGGCAAGUGGAUGAUUUUGUCUGCGAAGUCCCAGCUCUAAUUCGACUCUCCUGUGCAGACACCUUCUACAAUGAGAUCCAAAUGGCUGUUGCCAGUGUCCUAAUCUUGAUUGUGCCCCUCAGCCUCAUCCUUGCCUCUUAUGGUGCCAUUGCCCAGGCAGUGCUAAGGAUUAACUCUGCAAAAGGAAGGAGGAAAGCUUUUGGAACCUGCUCCUCCCAUCUCAUGGUUGUCAUCCUCUUCUACAGCUCAGUCAUUGCUGUCUACCUCCAGCCCAAAAACCCCUAUGCCCAAGAGAGGGGCAAGUUCUUUGGUCUCUUCUAUGCAGUGGGGACGCCUUCACUUAACCCUCUCAUAUACACUCUGAGGAACAAAGAGGUAAAGAGUGCCUUCAGGAGGUUGCUGGGGAAAGACAGGCACUCCCAGGAAAACUUAGGGAGAGCGGCUUAAUGUGCUUUAAAAUUGAGAAGAGAUUCUACAUGCUUUUAUGAGGAAGUUUAAAUUACCCACCCUCU